UCUAACAAAAUGGCGAAGCAUCAUCCAGAUUUGAUUUUCUGUCGAAAGCAACCGGGCGUUGCUAUUGGGAGACUGUGCGAAAAAUGUAAGUGUAACCAUGAUGAUGUGAUGGGGAAAUGUGUUAUCUGUGACUCGUACGUGCGUCCAUGUACGCUGGUCCGGAUCUGCGACGAAUGUAACUACGGGUCCUACCAGGGUCGGUGUGUGAUCUGCGGAGGGCCAGGGGUGUCCGAUGCCUACUACUGCAAGGAAUGCACUAUAAUGGAGAAAGAUAGAGAUGGGUGUCCUAAAAUUGUGAAUUUGGGCAGUGCCAAGACAGACUUGUUUUAUGAGAGAAAGAAAUAUGGCUUCAAGAAAAGGUGACCUGUGUGUGCUUUUGUCUCACCUUAUCAAAUCAAAGACAUUUCACCAUUUCCAUGGUAAAACAUUUUCGAGAGCCAUAAGACAUCCUGUUUUCUUCUAUAUGACAUAUGGACGACAUCGGCGGGCAACAUCCUCAUUCCACAACAGGCGGUGUCACUUGACAUCAAGUACAAGACUUAAACACACAACAUUGUGUGAAAAUUAUUGUGUCUGAUGUCACAUACUUGAUUUUAUGGGAAGCAUGCUAAUAAAUCUUUUUAGAAAUAAAA